AUGCUUGUUGGGACCUUUGGAGAUGUAGCGAUGCCUCGCUACUCGAAAACUAACAUUUUCGAAUAAUUUAUUUCAGGGUGCGCCGGUAUUGUGGUGGGAUAUCCUUUGGACACCAUCAAAGUCCACAUGCAAACGCAAGACUACCGCAACCCGAUCUACAAAAGCAACUGGCACUGCUUUCGGACGCUACUCGCGAAAGAAUCGGUAACAGGUCUUUACCGGGGUAUGUCAUCCCCAGUAGCUGGCGUGGCAGUGGUGAACGCAAUAAUCUUUGGCGUAUAUGGCCAAACGCAGAAGUACAUCCCCGACCCAGCCACCCUGACCUCCUACUUCCUCGCUGGAGCCUUAGCUGGGAUCGCUCAAACGCCCAUCUGCAGCCCCAUGGAACUGGCCAAAACUCGUAUGCAGCUACGAACAUCCCCGGUUCAGUUCACGGGACCUUUCCAGUGUCUCAAAUACACUUACACCCACGAAGGUCUUCGCGGACUGUUCAGAGGUGUAGACGUGACGUUCCUCAGAGAGGUCCCAAGCUUCGGUAUCUACUUUCUCACAUACGAGGCGCUGACCAGGACAGCCGACAACAGUCCAGUCUCGACACCUUCUAUGCUCUUAGCCGGUGGAUUAGCAGGCACUACGUCCUGGGCAGUCUCCUAUCCUCUGGACGUAAUCAAGUCUCGAAUUCAAGCUGAUGGCAAUCGCUAUGCGGGUAUAGUCGACUGUCUGAGGCAGUCUAUGAGAGCUGAAGGAUACUCGUGGUUGUACAGAGGUCUCAGCUCGACGAUUAUUAGAGCUUUUCCGACCAAUGCCGUGACGUUCACCGUGGUCACCUGGACCUUUCGGUUACUGGGUGGCGAAGAGGUGGCAUCGUCGCAAGAGAGAGAAAAAACAAAGGUGUCGGAGUUUAUGGGUAAGAUCUCAGAGCCCCGCGAGCCAUUCUUUGAAAAGUGGAACAAUUUCUUGGCGAAUGCGUCGACGAGCAUGGUGGUCCAUAGGUUGCCGUAUUCCACGUUGUCGAUGAUGUCGUCGAACGAAUUACAGCUCGAAGGGUCGGUUCAGAGUAAGGGUAGCGACAGGUGGACGAAAGAUGGGACGAAAGGUGGUGAACAGUCGCGUGGGAAUAGAAGUGGCAGAGAGGAAGGCGAGAGAUCGAGAGGCUCGACGAGGGAGGAUGUUGAAGAAGAGUGUGGUGAGAAAAAAGUGGAGCGAAACGUUGUUAAGCAGGCGGUAAAAGCAAUUUCUAUGGCCUUCGCGUGAAAAAUUCCAAGUUUGUGGCAGUUUCAGGGGAUGCAGUGGUUAAAUGAGGAAUCGAAACUGCAACGGACGUGGAAGCAUGAUACGGUGGUUGAAGGAUUAGAUAGUGAAUUAUCGUGCGAUAUAAUUGGAAGUGAUUCUUUUUAUGGAGUGUUUAAUACAAGAGGAACUUGUUAUGGUGUUCAGGAAAUGGUUGUUCUUUGAAUUUACUGUUGUUGCUUGUAGACGUUGCAGAAAUUAUUUUA